UUCAGUGUUUUUUAUUGAAAAUAUAACUGCCAAAAUUUAUAUGUUUAAUAUUUAUUAUUUUAAAAUAUUGAACAAUUCAAAUAGAGAUUGUGAGCAUUGUGUACUUUCUUUUCAUUCCUAUCAACUAUGCAGUAGAUUUAGGCAAUAAUUCAUUCCAAAUUUUCGAUGCAAAUGUAAACAAAUAUUCCUUGAUCGGUUUUCACUUCAGGAAGUAAUGAAGAAAUCACCGAUUGAAAAACCGCAAAAUGUUGAAAACACAAAUCAUACUUGGCCUGCUUAUAAAUUCUCUUAAUUCAUUAAUUAUAUCUAAUGGAGAAAAGGAAACAAAUGAGUUAAUUGCACAAGGACGUGUGCAGUAUAAGCUGCUUAGGGAAAGGGGAAAUCUACCAAAAUAUGGACCUUGUUGGAAAGCAGCCGUGGAAUCUGUGGAUGAAGGGUGUAGGGAACUUUCAGAAGAAACCCAGUCUGAUAUUGCUUUAUCUUUAAUGAAUUGCUUCUUAGAUAUGUCAGGAUUGGAAACACAUCAUUGUGAAAUGGACAAAAAGCAGAAUUUAAGGAGAAUCUGCAUCAGUUCCAUGUCUGAUAAAGCUUUUAAUGUUUAUACUGAAUUUUAUACCCACACAUUGAAUAUGUGCUGGUUUUUGAGAGGACAAAUUUGGCAGGAAGCAAUAUCUGAAAAUACUCUCAAAGUUGGAAAACAACUUGAAUCCUCAGCUGCAAAACAAGAAAUUCUACUUGAGAUUCAGAGAGAAAGUUUAGAACUUCAGAGUAAAAUGCUUCAACAUGGUAAAGAUAUUGAAUCAGUCUUAUCAGACUUGAGCAGUAGUGCUCAAAAUCACAAGGAAAUGCUAUAUAUGUUAGGACAAGCUAUAAAUAAUCUUCAGUCUUGGUUAAUAGGAGAGGUUUCAUGGAUUAAUACAAUGAUAUUUUAUUUUUUUUGGGGUAUAUCCUUUUUUGUUCUCACUUCAACUCCUCGAACGAUUUUAUCAAGACUCCCAAUAUUAACAUUACUUGUAAUGAAUGCCCUUUCAGAAAGAGUUCUUUGUAUUUUCAUUUUAAGUAAAGAUAAUUUUCAAAUAGACGUAAACAAAUUAUAUGGUAAUGUUGUUAAUUAUAUUCAAUGCUUGCGAUAUGGUUUUGUACUGAUUAGUUUUUGCAUUCUCUUUCAUAAAGCUUAUUUUUUUGAAGAUCCAUUGAUGAAAAACAAAGCUUUACUUGAUAAUAUUUUCAAACAAAAUCAAAUAAUCAUGGAAGGCUUAAAGGUGCAUAAAACUCUUAUACCUGAUAAAGCUUACUUAGUUUAUAAAUCAGAUGGUACAUGUUCAGUUGAUAAUAAUUCAAAGAAUAAAGAAAAAUUUUCUGAAAAGGAAGAUUAUGGGAAAGCAUCGAAGACUUUUGAUGAUUUCCAAAACUCUAGAAAAAGUACUUCUACUAAAAUAAAAGUAACAUCUAGUAAUUACAGAUAUAAUCUAAGGAGUUCAAGAAGUACUACACCAAUACUAGAUUGACCCCAGAUCUUCAGAACGCCAAGUCUGUAUUUUAAUGAACAAGUUUUUUUCUAAAUAAUGAAAUGCAACCUAAAAAAAUUGUUUAAUAUCAAAAGCAUAAGGAUAACAAAUCCAGAGCUUCUUUUGGAACUGAAUUGAUACGAUGGUAAUAAAGCAUAAUAUAAAAUUUGUAGUACACAGAGUUAGAUAAUUCCAAGUGGUCUAGUCGGUUUUUCAUUUAAAAUUUCAGCACUUACAUCUGCGGUAUGCAUCUUAAAUUGACCAAGAUAUGAUAAGUAGCCUCUGUCAUUUUGUAACUUCAUAAUUUUCAGUGUUUUCUAUCUCUUCUAGACUUCUGAGAGAUCUCUCGGAAGCUUUGAGUUUGUACCUAUUGUUUUCUUUACAGGAUUUAUUACUCUCUCCCUUUACCAGUGGAUUAUUACAUAAGAUCAUGAAUUUUUUCUAGAUAUAAUGAUUGAUACCAUUUCAGUAUUGAAAUAAUAAUAUUAGGAUUAACCGAAUUAAAAAAAAAAGGCAAGUUGAAUGUAACAUUCCUUCAUGCAUUCCCAGAUCUCUGAAUUAAGUUCAACAAGAUUGUAUAUCAUUCUUCAUUGAUAAAAUGAUGUGUUAUAUUAAUUUUUUUUUUGUAUAUAUCAUUUCAAUAAAUUAUUCUGUUAUGUUA